CUCAGGGUUUAUAACUGUGUUGCUCCCGGACGGAAUGCGGAUCCGGAGCUUCAAUCAGAAAGGCCGUCAAAAGCGUGCGAACCGAAAAUGUUGGAAACAUUUAACAGCGCCCGGAGGAUCUGCUAUUUGAUCAUUGCCAUCAUUGGUUUGCCCGUGAAUUUGGUGGCGAUCGCGAUCCUGUCCCGGGGAAAGUGCGGCCUCUCCAGCUGCACCACUCGCUACUUGGUUGUCAUGGCAGCAGCGGACAUGCUGGCUGUCGUCACCGCCGUCAUACUCAUGCGAAUCAGCUAUUACUUUCCCGGAUCAUACCUGGACAGGUAUCCCACCUGUAACAUUAACUUUUUCCUGAUGUGCGCGGCCAGGGACUGUUCCGUCUGGUUCACCGUCGCAUUCAGCUUCGACCGCUUUGUCCUCAUUUGUUGCCAGAAGCUGAAAACAAAAUACUGCACCUUGAAAACUGCGGCUGCGGUUCUGGCGAUAACCGGCGUCCUGCUGUGUCUGAAAAACGUCCCCUUCUAUUUCUCUUCCGAACCCAAAUUUAUCAUCGAUAAAGUACCGUGGUUCUGUAAACGGAAGCGGGUUUAUUACACCGACCCGCUGUGGGUGGGGUUCAGGAUGUUUGAUAAGGUUGUGACCCCCCUGCUGCCUUUCGCUUUUGUUUUGCUGUUCAAUGUUCUGACGGUCAGACACAUUUUACUGGCCAGUCGUGUGCGGAAGGCCCUGAGGGGUCAGAGCAAAGGGCAGAAUCAAAGUGACCCGGAGAUGGAGAGCAGGAGGAGGUCGAUGAUCUUACUGUUAACUAUAUCUGGCAGCUUUAUCCUUCUGUGGUUAACAACUGUCCUUGACUUCUUAUAUUACAACAUCGCCGGAACAACUCCCAGCCAGUACAACAAUUCCGAGUUCAUCUUUGCACAUGUCGGAUAUAUGCUACAGAACUUCAGUCUGUGCACCAACACUUUCAUUUAUGGGGUGACUCAAUCGAAGUUCAGGCAGGAUUUUGUCAACGCCGUGAAGUAUCCGGUUAACUCCAUCCUCCGAAUUAUUAAGAAAUAAAAUCUCGUAGUGCUGUCCCUACUGGGAGAGUGGGGAAGUGAGGAGAGGAUUAUUGAAUUAACUGAAAAAAAUAAAUGCUCCAAAAAUGUUCGGCAUAAA